AUGGAGGACCCUGCUACCCAAGACAAACGCUCUCACCAGUUAUUACACAAGCAUGAAAAUUUACCUCAAUAUGACCAAUUACCCCCUUCACCCCCGCAGACUGAAGAAAAUGACUCCCAGUCAAGCGAAGAAGUCGAAAUCCCCCUACCGCCACCGACCAGUCCACCCACCAAUGUCCUAGACCUCGACAAGAAGACCCCCGAUGCUCACGUACCCCGAGACCCGAGAUUAAUACGAUUGACCGGCACCCACCCAUUCAACGUAGAGGCACCAUUGUCCGCCCUCUUCAACGAAGGCUUCCUAACAAGCCCUGAACUCUUCUACGUCAGGAACCAUGGUGCUGUUCCAGAAGUCAAGGACCAGGACAUCCCGGACUGGCAAUUUUCGGUCGAAGGGCUCGUCGAAAGACCCCUCACCCUCACCCUUCGUCAAUUGAUUGCCGAGUACGAGCAAAUCACCUGCCCCAUCACACUUGUCUGCGCUGGAAACAGAAGGAAAGAACAAAACCAGGUCAGAAAAAGCAAAGGCUUCUCAUGGGGAGCCGCCGGCGUCUCCACCGCGCUUUUUACUGGGGUUGCAAUGUCGGAGCUCAUAAAGAAAGCGGGCCCAAGAAAAGGUGCCCGAUAUGUGUGCAUGGAAGGCGCGGAUAAACUGCCCAAUGGAUUCUACGGCACAUCCGUGAAGUUGAAUUGGGUCAUGGACCCGAACCGAGGGAUGAUGCUUGCCCACAAGAUGAACGGCGAGAUGCUUCGACCGGAUCACGGCAAGCCAUUGCGGGCCGUCAUACCAGGGCAGAUUGGAGGACGAAGUGUAAAAUGGCUGAAAAGUCUCAUUGUCACAGCUGCUCCGAGUGACAAUUGGUAUCAUAUAUACGACAAUCGAGUCUUGCCGACCAUGGUCACUCCCGAUGAGUCUGCCAGUGAUCCCAAAUGGUGGCAUGAUGAUAGGUACGCCAUCUAUGAUUUGAGCACCAAUUCAGCAAUAGCCUAUCCUGCGCAUGAAGAGCAGGUAUGUCUAAAAGAUGGCCCUGAGAGAUAUCGGGCCAAAGGAUAUGCUUACGGUGGCGGCGGGAGAAGAGUAACUCGGGUUGAGAUCUCCAUCGACAAAGGCCGGACGUGGCGGCUAGCGGACAUCGACUACGCCGAGGAUCGAUAUCGUGAAGCCGAGCAAACGUUAUUUGGAGGACGCCUCGACAUGUCAUGGAGAGAAACUUGCUUCUGUUGGUGUCACUGGUCGUUAAACAUACCAACGGUGGAGCUCGCAGACGCGAAGGAUAUCGUUGUUCGAGCCAUGGAUGAAAGCAUGAACAUCCAACCAAAAGAUAUGUACUGGAGCGUACUCGGUAUGAUGAACAAUCUGUGGUUCCGUGUCACCAUAAGUAAAGAGGGCGACUAUUUGCGAUUCGAGCAUCCAACUCAACCAGCACUAAUGCCAGGCGGCUGGAUGGAGAGAGUGAGGAAAGCAGGCGGCAACUUAACGAAUGGGCACUGGGGCGAAAAGCUCGCCGGCGAAGAAGAAAAGGCCGUUGUCCACGAACAAGCAAAAGAAGUCCCCAUGACAAAAGCAGGCUUGAAGAAUGAAAUCACGAUUGACGAAUUGCGAAAACACGACAGCGAACAAGACCCCUGGUUCGUCAUAAACGGCGAAGUCUACACGGGUCUCUCCUUUAUGAAAGAACACCCCGGCGGGGCCCAAUCUAUCAUCAGCGCCGCGGGUCUCGACAGCUCAGACGAAUUCAUGGCCAUCCAUUCCGAAACGGCGAAAGGCAUGAUGCCCUCCUACCACCUCGGCACCCUCUCCGACUCCGCCAAACUCGCCCUCUCAGAACCAGCCUCCGAAACCGCAUCCAACGAACCUCGCCCCACUUUCCUCAACUCCCGCGCCUGGACAAAAGCUGUCCUGCACUCUAAGCGUGCCAUCUCAGCAGACACAUUCAUCUUCACCUUCACGCUGGAACACCCUGAGCAGACCCUCGGUCUGCCCAUAGGCCAACAUUUGAUGAUCCGCCUCCGCGACCCCGUCGAUCGCGAAGCCAUCAUCCGCUCCUACACGCCCAUUUCCGACACCACACGCAAAGGCCACUUCGACGUUCUCAUCAAGCUCUAUCUCUCCUCGGACUCUCAUCCAGGCGGUCGAAUGAGCAAGGCCAUGAACGCCCUCCCCGUCGGCCACGGCGUCGACUUCAAAGGCCCCAUUGGUAAAUUCGAAUACAUGGGUCGCGGACGCUGCGCCGUCGGCGGCACAGAGAAACAAGUCAGGAGAUUCGCCAUGAUCUGCGGCGGCAGCGGCAUCACGCCCAUAUUCCAAGUCUUCCGCGCCGUGAUGCGGGAUAAAGAUGACCCGACCACGUGUACCGUCCUCAACGGAAAUCGUCUCGUCGAAGACAUCCUCUGCAGAGAAGACCUGGACGCUUUACUCCAAGGCAACGAGGACCGCGCCCAGGUCAUCCACACGCUUACACAAGCGCCGGCCGAGGGCUGGCCUGGCCUGACCGGAAGGAUCAACGCGGAGCUGGUGCGAAAACACUGCCAUGCGCAUGACGAGACCAUGGUGUUGAUCUGCGGCCCGGAGACGCUGGAGAAGGCUGUCCACAAGGUGUUGAAGGAGCAGGGGUGGGCGGAUGAGCAGAUCCUAUUCUUCUGA